AUGCUGGAAGUGACAAUAUAUCACAAAACUACAAUUAGACGACGAAAAAAAUUAGUUAAAGCACCACUUCAUGGAUAUGCAUUAUUUUCGGAUGGUUGCAUGAUGACUUUGUUUUCAGCUCCCGGAUAUAAGGGAUCAUCAAACAGCGACAUUAAUAUGGGCGCUUCCCUUGAAAUUUCAACUUCGAUGAAUAUUACCAUCAAACAGAUUCGAGUUACUGAGAAAUUUCGUCAAAAACGAAUCGCUGAUACUGAACAGAGGAAAACAAAUGUUGGCAGAGAGCUCUCUCAACCUCAGUCACCGGUAAAAAGUAAUGAAUCGAUGUUGCAGUCAACAUCAUCAUUUUUUCGAUAG